AUGGCAAGAAUCGCUCAUUCCGUUGCCGUUUUCCUCUCCUUUCUCUUUCUCCUCACUCUCACACUCGCCCGUGAUCUUCAAAACCCGGUUUCCGAACCCAAACCUCAAUCUGAACCUGUGAACCGUCCCCAACCUAAAACCCAACACGACACCGUUUCCUUUACCAUCGAAUCCAUCGAUCCCGUUCCCCUGACGUUCCUCCGCUUCCGUCCGGUCAACCGCCACGUCCACUACGACCGUCCGUUUCCGCUGCCGUUGUCUCUCCACUCCGGUCACCGCCGAUGCCGCCACGGCCACCGCCUCCAGAUCCCCUAUGGCAACGACGCGAUCUUACUUGACAACGCUGCCGCUCGCCGGAUCCACCCGCACUGGGUCCCCGUUCACACCGCCUCCAAGAUGCGGGAUCUGGCGACCGCCGAGCGCGCCGAUUCCGUUCGUGAACACCGUCACCACCACGGCGAGAAUCACCACCAGCACCGCACGGAAAAUUGGUUCGCCAAGAAGAUUCGCGAGUUCCUGAACCUGUUCUGA